AUGCUGAUCCACGCGCGCUUUUAUGCAGAGGAAUUAUCACUGCUUCGACUGAAACAUGUCGAUCAUUGCAACAGUCUGACAUGCAACAAUAACCAUUUGAAUAAAAACGAGACAUACUGCAUUGAUGUGUGGUUCCAUGGCGACUGCAUCCUAUGGGCUCCAGACAUACAGAUGAAGGGAAAUCAAUUAACUUGUUUAGAAGAGAAGCUCCAUCAGUUCUGGAAGCAGAACUGCUGGAUAUGCAAGAACUCUGGGGCGGCUAUCAAUGUUGGCAAUAAAUUUGUACAUUUUGGAUGUGCCAAGAAACAUGGUUAUAAAAUGAAUCGUCACCUGCUCAGUGUGCAGUCAUGA